AUGCGUUCAAGAAGAAGGGGAGUAGCGUAUCAUCAUAGUAAACCAAAAGGACCACUUUCACAAGRACAGUAUCCCAUAGCAUCUAAUGAGGGACAAAGAAGGAAGCUCAAUAGUCCUGAGGCGUUUCAAUCGUUUGACAUCUGGAAAAAUUUGGAUAGAAUAAGAACAACUAGAAAGGAUGUGGAACAACUUAUGAAGGGCAGCCUACUUAUACUUCCUGUGAGAACACAAGAUAAACAGCAACUCGAAGAGUGCAUCAACGAGUUGCACAAGUACAUAUCUAAGCAUAUACUUCAGUGCUAUGCGAAGAAAGGACAAAAAGGUGACAGUACGCUCUUCUAUGUAGUUCUGGAGGAUUUCAGUGUGUUGGAUUCAUGCUUCGUAUUAUCAGUUCUGCUUGCUUUCCAGAAGCGUUUGUGGAUGGCACCAUCAGAAAAAUCUUACUUUAAAAUCUCCAAAAGCAUCAAUUUAACAGGCUCCUUUUAUUUGCCUAAGAAUAUAGAGACCGGGAAAGGCCAUAUAACAACGAGUUAUAGAAGAGAGUCACCCAUAUCCAGCAUCUUAGGGGUAAGUUUCAACGUUGUUCCGAAUUUCCAACAGUUUCAUAUCAGGGCCUGUCAUGUAACUAAAUUCAUGAAUGAGCUUUCCAAUUUCUUUGCUCAGAUAAAAUUUGGUAAGUGUGAAGGAAACGUGAUAGAUCGUUUCCAGCGCGAAUAUAGGCGGACUGAUUCUCAAAUAUCUCUUGCUCUCUACGAACUUCCCUUGAUCGGAGAUGGCUUAUUUGAUAUGAAGUCUUUUAUCAGCAAGACCAAACCAAUUAUAGAAACUUCGAAAGAUCAGAUGGUGAAACACAUUGCUGACAUGAAAGCCUAUAAUGAGAUAACUAACACUGAAGGUAUUCUAUCUUCACCACAACAGAAACCUUCGUCGACGUCAUCUUCGAAUGUGAUCCCCUCCCUUAAAGGUGAUCAGACGAGUGCCGCUUCAUACCAAUCUCAAACUCAAAAGUACGCUGCUAACCAAUCAUCAAGUGCAUUGCACUCCUCUAGUCGUUAUUCCGGGCCUAAUAGCCAGUUGGGCGCAAGAGGUACCGAGGGUCAUAAGGCGGGUUUCAUGACACAAGAUGAAAUCAAGCAGCACUGUAUUGCUACUAUAAGGGCAUCUAUGGAUUCAGCGAAAAAGAAAUCCUCGUAUCAAAUUUUAAAAACAUAUGUAAGGUGCCCAAGACAGAAUUAUAUUGAUGUUGUCUAUCAGAGUUUGAAUGACUUGCGAUCAAAAACGAAUUGUAACAUUGUCGUACUGAAUCUGAAUAAUCUUCACGAAUCGCAGCCGUGGCUUGAUUCGUUGAAUAUAUCAGACUAUUCCGCAUUUUCCCAGCAGCCUCACCCAAGCACCGUACGCAUUAUUAGUAUUGGUGGUGUGGGUGAGUAUAUAAUCAAAGCGCUAGAGUUGAUAUUGAACAUAUUAGAAAAUUAG